GCCGAUGCACAGUCGUCACCCAGGAUUCAACGAGACCCGCGCAUUCCUUGGCUCUCGCACUCAUUUGGCGCUCGCGGAUUUCUGCCAACGCCUUCGACGCUCGAGAGACUGAGCGGCGGUCUGUAACAAGAUAAAUCCAGGACGCCGACGGCGACACAGCCCCGCGCGCGCGUGUAACAGGGGAACCGUUCUGUUCUUGCGACGGGCCUUUCCCUCUCACCAUGGCGGUCUUGUCGCUGCCGCUGAGCUUCAACAACUCAUUCUGGUCCCAGGACUACAGGAGGGGGCUGGAAGUUCUGUAUACUAAGCUCGAACAGGGAGUCGCGGAGAAUGCAGAAAUCGUCAAUUUCAUCCGAGCUCGCGCGCAUGCAGAGAACCAGCUAGCUGCAUCGCUCACGAACCCCGCGUUGACUGGACCGAAGGGCGCAGGAUUUGGUGCAGAUGAUGGCGCAUCGCUGCUCAUGGCCUUCCGUGGCCUGCAAGAAGAGUCUGCGACCCAGGGCAAAGUCCACAAGGCGAUCGCCAACGAGCUAGAGACUCUGGUCGCCGAUCCUUUCGCGGAUUGGGCUCGCGGGUACAGAGACCGCCUCCAUCAGAACAAGGGGACCGUCAUGGAUCACUGGCUGCGCGCCUACGAGCAUGCACAAGGCGAGGCGGAUAAGCUCAAGCAUCAGUAUCUCGCAAAGACGCGCAAAGCCGACGAGGCCGAGGACGACCUUAAAUUCGCGCCCAAUGCGCCUGCGGACACGUACACCACAUCCCCCAACAUGCGUCCAGCGGACAGUCACCGCACGCCACCCCAGCGCACCCCCAGCGUCUCCGAGCGCAUUGCUGCCCGCCUCAAGGAGAUACAGAAACGCAGCGCUGGCGCAUUGGCUCAGAAAGAGGAGGACGGCAACGAGAAGGCUGCUUCGCCCUCUCCCGAGGCUUCUGAAACUCCGACGCCCAAGGUGGACAAAGGCAAAGGUCGCGCUGUCGAACCCCAGUCCCCGGUGCUCGCCUCACCAACAGCCAUGUCACCUUUAGCUGCUAAGCUCGAGCUUCCGCCGCUACCCAGCUCGCCGAUGCCCCCGAUGCCCCCUCCGCCUAUGCUCCUUGCCGGGCUCUCGCUUCCCGUAUCCGCAAUCUCGCAGCUCCUGACGAAGGCCGCGGAGGAGCUGCCGCUGCGUCCGGUGCGCGUGCCGCUGCUCGGCGAGUACCAGGACUGCUUCACGGGCGACGAAUUCGUGCGGUGGCUCAACGACAAUGUCGACGGUUUCGGUGGCAGCUUCGACCGUGCGGAGGAGGCUGCGAAGGACCUUACCGAGAGAGAAGGUUUGCUUAGACGUAUCGGCGAGUUCGGUAACGAGUUCGAGUCUUCCGACGAUGCCUUCUACCAAUUCAGACCCAAGGCUUUUGACCUCGAGAACCAGCACGCCAAGGAGCCGCCCACCGAAUCCGCUCCAUCUCCCACCAAGCCUAACAACUUGUUCAAGCGCGCCAAUAACUUUGCUGGCCUGGUCUCGAAGGCUUUGGCUGCGAACGCUGCUGCCAACAACCAGCCUGCGUACAUCCGUGCCCGGCAAGAGGCGGAGGAAGCGGACAAGGAAUACAGGGUAGCGGUCCGCAAGCUAGACCGGCAGCGUCUGGGUCUCGAGGAGCGUAUUGAGGACACGCUGAAGACGCUCCAGCGCUGGGAGAUCGAGCGGCUGCGGGCCGUGAAGACGGUCCUCCUGCAGUACCACGGCACACUGUCCAACCUCCCGAAGGGCCUUGAGCCUUCGCUCGAGCGCUCUGCUACCCUCAUCGCCGCGUACCAACCCGAGCAGGACCUGACGGCCUUGAUCGAGCGCUACCGCACCGGCCCCUUCCGCCCGGACCCCCAGGUCUACGAGAGCGUCUCGCAUGACGAGUGCGAUGUCGUCUUCGGUAUCGACUUGCGCAAGUGGGCCGAGGGCGGCUGGGACGCGCUCACGACGGGUCAAGAGAAGCAUGACACGCUACCGCCCGUCUUCAGCGCUUUGCUGGAUGGCGUCAAGGGCGCAUACGAGCGUGCGCCAAGCGAUGCUGAGAAAAGGAAGGCGUGGAUCUACGAAGUGCCUCUGCCGGCAGUGCACUUCCUGCGCGAGGCGCUCAACGCGAUCCCACCCGAGCAGCCCAUCCCCGCCGAGCUCUUCGCGCAGUACGAUGCCCCUGUCGUCGCGGCCACUAUCAAGCUGUGGCUCCUUGAGCUCGAUCCGCCGCUUGCCCUCUACGAAGGCUGGGACGAGGUGCGCAAGCUGUACGGCACGGUCGGCGCAAAGGCGGAAAAGAGCGAGGAGGAGCAUGUGCAGGAGCUGCAAACGGCGCUGCUGAGGCUGCCGAGAGUCCACCUCUACGUGCUCGACACGCUUGUCAAGCAUCUAAAGGAGCUGAUUGAGGGGACGGAUGUUGACGAGAGCGAGGAGGUAUAUGUGACGAAGCUGGCGUUGUCGAUCGGGCGCACGAUCAUCAGGCCCAAGGUUGAGACCGAGCUGUCCAUUCAGGAUCGUCACCCGACGUUGCUCUUCAUUGACCUCCUCACGAAGUACGACGCCAUCAUCCCGCCGACCAUCGCGAGGAAGAAGCGCGAGUCUACGCGUAAGGUCCCCUUGCGGAAGCGGACUGCGCCGGUAGAUGUCAGGCUCAGCCGCAGCCGCAUAUCCUUGGGCGCGGACACACAGCAGCUGCUCGCGAUGCAGCAGGCGGCGAAGAAUCCGCCACCAAAGCCUGUCCACGACGAAGCUCCGGUUCCUGAGGUGCCGCCGCCACCCCCUCUGGAAAAACCUGUCGAAGAGGCACCGAAGCUACCUACGCCUCCUCCGGUACCAGAGGAGGAAUCCACCCCGAGGCGUCCAGCGUUCAAGGAGCCGCCUCCAGAGGAUGAUGAUUUGCCACCGCGCCCACAGUUUAGGGACCCUCCUCCUGAGCCCGAUGAAUCGUCGCCCCCCAUGCCCAGCCGUUUCGCAGAGCCUCCCCCUGAGGACUCGGAUACGCCAACGCCGGGCGUGGCUACCUCGCCGCCUUCGUCCCCUCCGGCUGGCCAGAGCCCAUCGACGACGGUCAUCCCGCCGACUCCUCAGCGGACGCCCGGCAGCCCAACGAAGCGUGCCAGCGGAGUCCGAAGCCCGACCGAGAGCAUGCGUAGCGCGUCCCCGGCGUCACCCAACGAGGACAGGCCUUUGAGCACCGGUCGCACUUCUAUCUCGCGCCAAACCUCGGCAGGCGUGCGUGGUCCUCGCGGAACGCGCGGUCCUCGUCCACCCAGCGGAAAAGUUGGUGAUAUGGUGCAGAACCUCAACAAGCGCAGCAGCUUGGCGUCGUCGCCGCCCAGGAGUGGUAGCCCGACCUCUAAGCGCUUCAGCGGCGGUGUUCCAGGAAGCCCGACUACAUCCUCGCGGCCAAACAGCAUGCUCGGCCGCUCGACGGCGUUCUCGCGGAGGACCAUGGCGAGCGACGCGGAGGAAGAGAUUGUGAACAACUGAUAGGUGUGGAUAUCGAGAAUGGGACAAUGGCCUCCUGCUGGCGAGGUGGCAUAUGAUGAGUACGAGAAUGGACCUACAUACCUAUGUGAUGUGCUUCGUCGUCGUACUGUAGGCCUUAUAUUUAUGAAUUGCUAUGCACUGAUGCAUUUGUUGAUGACUUUCCGUCGAGCAGGCAGUAAUGCGUGGCC